AUGUCGUCGAAUAAGCAGUACCAUAGUCACAGCCCUCUUCCUCAGAGAAUUCGGAAUUUCUUCCGAAUCAAUAGCCCAGGAAUCAACAAUGAGAAGCACGAUGGAAUCUCUAAAUCAGAGAAUAAGGGCUACUUCCGCCAAUCCAAGUUUUUCCCCGGCAACGGAAGAUACCGAUCUACGACAGUAGCUAGCGAGGGUGUUAUGCUAGAAAAUAGUACUGUACGGUCUAUUGCUCACUCAAACCCAUAUUUCAUACACCAGGGGCCACCGGAACUGCGACAUCAUAAUCAGGGAUCAAACGACCAAUUAGAAAGCUCCGGGAAAGAUGAAAUAGCUCGCAAACUGAGGAGGGUAGCCAGUGCUCCAAACGCGCAAGGUUUCUUUUCCAACCAUGAUGGAAAUGCUGUUAGGCCUUCCACGACUGGUGUCGGAAAUUUGCAAGCAGCGCAGGGUGCAAAUGAUACUUUGCCAUCCCUCACUGACACAAAAAAUACUCUCAACGGAAUGGGGGUAUCCGUUGCGGUACCAGCACUAGACGAGCUGGGAGAUCUAAGAAGUUUGAAUCGAUGCAGCCUUUUACCGAUUCGGAGAACCUACAGCUCGAAUUCUAUCAAAAUUCGAGAUGUCGAAGUCGGUCCUACAAGCUUUGAUAAGAUAAAAUUGAUUGGGAAGGGGGAUGUCGGAAAGGUAUAUCUCGUGAGAGAGAAAAAGACUAGCCGCUUAUAUGCCAUGAAAGUCCUAAGUAAGAAAGAAAUGAUCAAGAGAAAUAAAAUCAAGAGGGCUUUGGCCGAACAAGAGAUACUAGCCACGAGCAAUCAUCCCUUUAUCGUUACCUUAUACCACUCGUUUCAAUCCGAAGAUUACUUAUUUCUCUGCAUGGAGUAUUGUAGUGGUGGCGAAUUCUUUAGAGCCUUACAGACGAGGCCAGGGAAAUGCAUACAAGAAGAUGAUGCGAGAUUUUAUGCCGCCGAAGUCACAGCAGCACUAGAAUACCUUCACCUGAUGGGCUUCAUCUAUCGAGAUUUGAAGCCAGAGAAUAUCUUGCUGCACCAAUCGGGACAUAUUAUGUUAUCGGAUUUUGAUCUCUCUAAACAAUCUGAUCCCGGUGGAAAGCCAACUAUGAUUGUUGGAAGGAAUGGGGCAAGUACAAACUCCUUGCCAACUAUCGACACAAGGUCCUGUAUCGCCAACUUUAGGACAAACUCAUUUGUCGGAACUGAGGAGUACAUCGCGCCCGAGGUAAUCAAAGGUUGUGGUCAUACAAGUGCCGUUGAUUGGUGGACGCUUGGCAUCCUUAUCUUUGAAAUGCUUUACGGAACUACGCCUUUCAAAGGCAAGAAUAGGAAUGCCACUUUUGCCAACAUCCUACGAGACGAAGUACCUUUCCCAGAGAAUUCGGGUGCACCUUCAAUAUCCAAUCUCUGUAAAUCGCUCAUCCGAAAACUCCUGAUCAAAGAUGAGAACCGAAGAUUAGGAGCGCGUGCUGGAGCUUCCGAUGUUAAGGGGCAUCCGUUCUUCAGAACGACUCAAUGGGCUCUUAUUCGACAUAUGAAGCCACCUAUGAUUCCACACCAAGACUCCGGCAUCGACACUGUUAAUUUUCGGAAUGUUAAGGAAAGCGAAAGUGUCGAUAUUGGCGGGAGUAGAGCACUGAAACUUCCCAAAGGAGUACUACUAGAAACAGGCCUACCAACGCCCAGCGAUCCAUUUGAGGACUUUAACUCUGUUACCCUCCAUCAUGAUGGUGAGGACCAGCGAGUUAGUCCUUUAAGUGGCAAGUGA